AUGUACAUACGACCCGUUCGCACUCAAACACUAUCGCCUUCCAAGCUCGAAGUCGAACAAAAAACUGAUGAACAAUAUUCGAACAGCAAAGAUAAAAAGAAAAAACGCUUCAAAAGUCCCAUGAGAAACAUCUUCAAACCGAAGACAGAUGAAAAUUCCAAAGAACCGUACUAUCGAUUGCAAGAACUCGAGCCGCAAUAUUCUGAUUUACAAUUUCGUGAGGCUGCACCUAAAGCCCCGAUCUACGCAAUCGGUUUGGCUACGGCUUUGUUUCUUCUUGGCUCACUUAUGAUCACAUUAGGUUCAUUAAUGUUAACUGGUUAUAUUAAAACACAAUAUAGCGAUCGUACAUGGCCAUUGAUCGUUGUGGGCUCAUUAGUCUUUCUUCCUGGUUUCUAUCAUCUACGCAUUGCUUAUUGGGCUUGGAAAGGUGAUAAGAACUUCUCUUUCGCUGACAUUCCAGAUCUUGAUUGGUUCUGA